GGGUUGGAUUACAGGCUCAAAAUGGCCAGAAACAAAUAACUUUUUUCUGAAACUCGUCAGUCUAUUCUUGUUCUGAGAAAUGAAGGCUGUUCCAUGCGAGAAAUUGAGGGUUUUCUCUGUGUCUUCUGUCAGAGCAGGAGAUGUGUUGUUAGAACUAGCAGGUUGUUGAUGUAAUUCUAGUCUGUCAGAACAGGAGAUGUGUUGUUAGAACUAGCAGGUUGUUGAUGUAAUUCUAGUCUGUCAGAACAGGAGAUGUGUUGUUAGAACUAGCAGGUUGUUGAUGUGAUUCUAGUCUGUCAGAACAGGAGAUGUAUUGUUAGAACUAGCAAGAUGUUGAUGUGAUUCUAGUCUGUCAGAACAGGAGAUGUGUUGUUGGAACUAGCAGGAUGUUGAUGUGAUUCUAGUCUGACUGAUAAUGAGAGUGGGCAGGGCUGAGGCUUUUAGGACACACCCACUAGUGUAGAGAGGAGGAUAUGGUCUGGUUGCUGUUCUGCAGUACCUUAUUAUUUCCUCAUCUCUUCUCCUUACAUCACUUCAUUUCACUCCUCCUCCUCCUCCUCAACAGUGACUAAUCCAAGCCAGAAGCAGUAGCCAGCUCAGGUACUCUCAACAUUCUCUGAUUCUGAGCUACACUACCAAGACCAAGCUACUACUACUACUACAGUCACUGUGUUUCUAGCCAGCUCAGGUACUCUCAACAUUCUCUGAUUCUGAGCUAUACUACCAAGACCAAGCUACUACUACUACUGUCACUGUGUUUCUAGCCAGCUCAGGUACUCUCAACAUUCUCUGAUUCUGAGCUAUCCUACCAAGACCAAGCUACUACUACUACUGUCACUGUGUUUCUAGCCAGCUCAGGUACUCUCAACACUCUCUGAUUCUGAGCUAUACUACCAAGACCAAGCUACUACUACUACUGUCACUGUGUUACUCUCAACAUUCUCUGAUUCAUGUCCAGGUCGGUUGGCAGAAUGUCUCUGCUGCUUUGUUGUAUAGUGAUGGCCCUGCACCUCGCAACAGGGCUGGAUGCUGCCCCGGGGGUAGUGAACACUACAGAGGAGGAGGUGGAAGGCGUGGACUCCCAGUCACCAUGCCCAGCCGGGUGGCAUCAGAAUGAGCAUCGCUGCUUCUCCUUCUACCCCGUCUGGGCCACCUGGGCCACUGCAGAGUUGUACUGCUCCCAGCACAGAGGGAACCUGGUGUCGGUUCACAGCCCGGGUCAACAGGUGUUUGUCCAGGAUCUGGUCAGGAGACACACAGACCAGCCGGUCUGGAUGGGAGGCUACGAUGCAGCUCAGGAGGGGAUGUGGCUGUGGAGUGACGGCUCAGCUGUUGACAGUUUCUACUGGGAGGAGGAUGAGCCCAGUAACUCUGGACAGGGGGAGAACUGUAUGGAGCUACACACUGGAGGUGGGCAGGGCUGGAAUGACGUGUCCUGUGCAGAGCUGAGGUUCUAUGUGUGUUCUAUGGAGACAAGAUCUGGUUUAGCAUCAUUGCCAAGUCAGAAGAAAUCACACGAGAGAGAGCUGGUUAAAGAGGUGAGUAUUUAUGACGUCCUGUGGGAGACCAGUGAGAGAGUAGCAGAUGAGAUCCUCUACUCAGCCUUCCUCAGAGGGAUGUAUUCCAGACGUCUGCCUGCCCGCUGCUAUGCUGACUUCUGCCACCAGGAGGUGCUAUACCUGGACAGAGUCAUCCCCAUGCUGCGGGUGCUGAUCAGAACAGUCCAGGGUCCUCCAGACAUCAUGAUGUUUCUCCAGAGAACACAUCAACGCUACCAGGAGUCUCUGAAGGAGUCCCAGAUCCAAACUCAACCACACCUGAACCUGUCCUCCAUCCAGCCCUCUGCAGCUGUGCGUCAGUACCUCCAGAGCUUCCAUGACAUUGUAAAUGAGGAGCCCAUCUACUGGCUGGUGUCUCUGCUGCCCAGAGCCCUGCUCAGACCUUACCUGGCACAGAACCUGCCCCUGGGAGAGAGGACCAGACAAGGCCCCAGCCCCUGCCUCUACCCCUGGCUAAACCUCUUCCCCUGCCCCUGCUACCAGUGGGGGAGAGAGGACAUGAAGCCAGACCAGAGGAACCAGAAGGAUGAGUCUGGGACAUAUUACAGGCAUCUACUGGAGAAGUACCAGGAUGUGAUAGACAUCUACAAGGCUGUCAACAUCUUCAGAGCCCAGAUGAUCAACGAGAAGGCUCUCUUCACCUCCAGCUGGUUUCCCACUGGUGACAAGGAGGAAGAGGAGGACCAACCCAACCUGUUGUCUGUGGAGUCUGGUCCUGACGUUACGGUGAAGCUGUAGAAGUGCAGCUGAUUGAAUACAGGGAGCUGAGUGUGUAAGGCUGUGUGUGCUGGCUUUCACACUGGGCAGGACUGUUCCUCUUGUCAGACAUAUUCCAAUAUUCCACUUUUAUGUUGGUAACUUCCCCCAAAUAACUACUGUUCAGACUGUAUUAAUGCAAUAACAUAAUGAAUGUACACAUCUAAUAACACAUUUAAUUAUUGUCAACAAAGGAGCUACAAUAAAAUAAAUAACAUUUAGGUUAUAAAAUCAUAGAAUGAAACUGUGUGAACUGUUCAACUGUAUUUCCUUAUGGGUAUUGCAAUGUC